UGCAGUGAGCGAGUCAGCGGCGUUCGUAGCGGCGGCGGCGGCUACAACUACAACGCGAGCCCGGGCGGAGCGGAGGCCCGCGGAGCAGAGGAACAUCGCGGAGCAGAGGAACAUCCCGGCUUCCCGGUCCGGGGCGGCGUGGCCCGCGGCUCAUGGCCAAAGGAGAGGGCGCCGAGAGCGGCUCCGCCGCGGGGCUGCUGCCCACGGGCAUCCUCCAAGCCGGUGAACGCCCGGUCCAGCUGAAGAAGGAGUCGAAGAAGAAAAACCAGUUGUCCAUUUGCAACAAACUUUGCUAUGCAGUUGGGGGGACACCCUACCAGGUGACGGGUUGUGCCCUGGGGUUCUUCCUGCAGAUCUACCUGUUGGAUGUAGCUCAGGUGGAUCCUUUCUCUGCUUCCAUCAUCCUGUUUGUGGGCCGAGCUUGGGAUGCCAUCACAGACCCCCUGGUGGGCUUCUGCAUUAGUAAAUCCCCCUGGACCCGCCUAGGCCGCCUCAUGCCCUGGAUCAUCUUCUCCACGCCCCUGGCCAUCAUCGCCUACUUCCUCAUCUGGUUCGUGCCUGACUUCCAACAGGGCCAGACCCUGUGGUACUUGCUUUUCUACUGCCUCUUUGAGACGCUGGUCACGUGUUUCCACGUUCCCUACUCAGCUCUCACCAUGUUCAUCAGCACGGAACAGAGUGAGCGGGAUUCUGCCACUGCGUAUCGGAUGACCGUGGAGGUAUUAGGUACAGUGCUGGGCACAGCAAUCCAGGGGCAGAUUGUGGGCCAAGCACAUACACCUUGUGUCCAGGACGCCAAUGCUUCUACAGUAGCCUUGGAAGGUGUCAAUCGCACGCAGAGCGCCACCUCGCUCAGAGAAACGCAAAACGCAUACCUGCUGGCGGCAGGGGUCAUUGCCUCCAUCUAUGUCAUCUGCGCUGUCAUCCUGACCCUGGGCGUGCGGGAGCAGAGAGAACCCUACGAGACUCAGCAGGCCAAGCCGAUGCCCUUCUUUCGGGGCCUCCGGCUGGUCAUGAGCCAUGGCCCGUACAUCAAGCUUAUUGCCGGCUUCCUCUUCACCUCCUUGGCUUUCAUGCUGGUGGAGGGGAACUUCGCUCUGUUUUGCACCUACACCUUGGGUUUUCGUAACGAAUUCCAGAAUCUGCUCCUGGCCAUCAUGUUCUCGGCCACAGUCACCAUCCCCAUCUGGCAGUGGUUCCUAACCCGGUUUGGCAAGAAGAUGGCUGUGUACACUGGGAUCUCAUCAGCAGUGCCAUUUCUCAUCUUGGUGGCCCUCAUGGAGAGUAACCUGAUUGUCACAUAUGUGGUAGCUGUGGCAGCUGGCGUCAGUGUAGCAGCUGCCUUCUUACUACCCUGGUCCAUGCUGCCUGACGUCAUUGAUGACUUCCACUUGAAGCAGCCCCAUAUCCAUGGGACCGAGCCCAUCUUCUUCUCCUUCUAUGUCUUCUUCACCAAGUUUGCCUCCGGAGUCUCCCUGGGCAUCUCCACCCUCAGUCUGGACUUUACUGGGUACCAGACCCGUGGCUGCUCCCAGCCAGCACGUGUCAAGUUCACACUGAAGAUGCUGGUGACCAUGGCUCCCAUAGUCCUCAUCCUCAUAGGCCUGCUGCUCUUUAAGCUGUACCCCAUUGACGAGGAGAAGCGGCGGCAGAACAAGAAGGCCCUGCAGGCCCUGAGGGAAGAGGCCAGCAGCUCGGGGUGCUCUGACACAGACUCUACAGAACUAGCCAGAAUCCUCUAGGGCCUGCUGGGUGGCCCGAAGCCACCAUGCACAGGGCCUGGGUCGCCAGGCCAGAUGAGGAAUCUGGGCCUGCUUGCCUGCUCACUGAACAGCUGGUCUCCAGAUGCCAGGAAGGGAGCCAAAGACUCAAGAGUGAGCGACUCAGGACGCCUCCUGUGCCCAUCGUGAGGCGGGCUGUUCACACAGCCACCAGCCUCCCUCUGCCCACCACAGGGGCCAAGCCCAGGGGCUGCUACUGUGAAUAUGCCACAAGGACUGAUCGGGCCUAGCCCGGGACACUAAUGUAGAAACGUUUUAUACAGAGACUAAUUAAUAACUUAAUGACCAUGUACAUAGCAGUCUGUGUGUUUGUAUAUGUCUGUGAGCUAUUAAUGUUAUUAAUUUUCAUAAAAGCUGGGAAACGGA